CCAAAAACUAAACCCUUAGUAGGCAACUGAUGAUGGUCAAUCUCAGCCGUCGAUUGGCCGCCGGGGAUCCGGCGCUGGUCCGAAGGUUCUCUACGGAGGUGAGAGCGGCGGCGGCGCCCGAACAGGAAGACCGUCUGUACAGGAGAUUGUCUGCUUUGGGGCGCAACACUGGAAUGGUGGCGCGCACCAUAAAUGAGUACAUACGCGAGGGCAGAGCCGUCAGGAAGUUAGAGCUCGAGAGGUGUAUCAACGAACUCCGCAAAUAUAAACGACAUCGCGACGCUCUCGAGAUAAUGGAGUGGAUGGAGUUUCGGAAGUUUAACUUCAGGCAAGGCAAUUAUGCAAUUCGUUUGGAUCUGAUUGGAAAAGUGAAGGGGAUAGCUGCAGCUGAAGAUUACUUCAACAGCCUCUCUCCAACUACAGCGGUCCAUUGUGUGUAUGGUGCGCUUCUAAACUGCUAUUGUAAAGCAAAGAUGGCUGAUAAGGCAUUAGAACUUUUUGCUAAGAUGGUUAAAGAUAACAUGGUAGUCAAACCGUUACCUUUCAACAAUCUUAUGUCCAUGUAUGCUGGACUGGGGAAGCAUGAGAAGGUGCUUGUCUUGGGAGAAGAAAUGAAGAAGGAGAAUAUCCGACCAGAUACAUGUACUUACAACUUAUUGAUGAACAGCCAUGCACAUCUGAAUGAUAUUGAGGGAGCAGAAAGAGUUUUUGAAGAGAUGAAACUGGAAAACGGGAAGGAAUGUAAUUGGACGUCGUAUAGUAACUUGGCGAAUAUCUAUAUCAAGGCUGGAUAUCAAGAAAAAGCUAAGUUGGCUCUGCAAAAUGUUGAGAAGGAAAUGGGUUCACAUGAUCGUGAGGCAUACCAUUUCCUGAUCAGCUUGUACGCUGGGGUAUCUGAUCUUGAUUCUGUCCACCGCAUUUGGAAGUCCUUGAAGUCGACAUUGGCUAUCAUAACGAACAGAAGUUAUCUAGUUGUGCUUCAGGCUCUUGGUAAUCUAGGUGACAUCGAAGGGAUGACAAAAUGCUACAAGGAAUGGGAGUGCGCGUGCUCCAGCUAUGACGUUAAGUUGGCCACUGCAGUUAUCCGCGCUUAUUUAAGACACGACAUGGUUGAUGAAGCUGAGUCGGUUCUUGAAGUCGCAAUCCGUAGAUCAGAAGGGCCUUUCUUCUAUCUCUGGGAACAGUUUAUGAUCUUCUAUUUGAACAAGAAUCAGAUAAAACGAGCUUUGCAGAUCAUGGAAACGGCUACAUCCUUAACUCACAAGAUUAAGUGGCAACCUAGAUCAGACACCAUAGGCAAAUUCUUGAACUAUUUCGAGCAAGAGAGCGAUGUAAGUCGUGCUGAGGAGUUCUACCAUUUGAUGAAGAAGGUAAACUGUGUGGACAGCCGUCUCUACAAGUCGUUAAUCGUGACGUAUAAGACUUCCGGAGAAACCAUGCUCGAUAUGUGCGCGAGGAUGGAAGGGGACGGGGUUGAAGUAAGCAGUGAAAUCGAGCAUCUGCUAGCAAGUGCAAGCCCUGAAUAACACGCGUUUCGAAUCCCACCAACGCCUCUCAUUCGAUUGUCCUGCACACCUUUUUGACAGUGGGUGCGGAUAUGGAAGAAAAUGAUGAUGCAGGUAAAGAAGCCUCUCAAUUUUCUCUUUUCAUUUUCAGUUUUAGAAACAUAUAUUUGAUGAGAAGAUUUCGGUUGUUUGAUGAUCAACAGUAGUAGGAUUUGACAUCUCUUCUCAAUUAUGAACUGAGCUAAUCACUCAUUCAGCUGGGUAAAUCUCAACUAUUGUGGAAGUAAUAUCGAUUGUAUUAGUAUAAAUUGUAAAUUCUAUACAUCAUUCGAGUGUGUUGGCCUUGACUGAAUUUUUAUUCUAUAAAAUGCUGUUAAAUCUGAACA